AUGAGUCAACCCUACGAUGGAAGAGAUAUGGACCGGUCAUACAAUAUACCAGGCUCUGUAAAGAGGGCUCGUGAACAAGUCCAAGGCACUCGAGGGCAGGAUGGCCAGGCAACUAGACGGCCACCGCAGGAUUCCAAUCUAAUCGAGUCGUCAACACCAUUGCGCCCACCACCACAAGGGCUAUCCCAGUCCAAAUUUGCCAAGAACCGAAUGCCCUCUAGUCAGGAGACAAAAUCAGGGCAGACGAUUUCUCGACCGAAACAGGUUCCACAAUGGCCACUCGCCAACACCGGAACAGUACCGACGGCAUUUGUCGAUCCAACUUCACCUCAGUCUCCUACGCCAAAGUCCCAACAAGUACCAGAACGACCGCCACGACCCAGCCAAAGCAGAAUUCCUUCGAUACUUGAUCAAUCAAAGCCGCAACAGCCCAUACCAGUGUUCACAUCUCGCUCAGCCAUACCGGACAGUCCACAAGAAAACCUCGAUAUCAAUAAUCCGCUCUCUCCGUCAGGCAGCUCUGCCCGACAGACAAUAUCCUCUGUGGGGACAAUACCCGACUUUCCGAUACCAGCUCCCACGAGUUCUUCGAUGCCACCCAGGAAGAGCGCAAUUCUUGGUCCUCCACCGUCAAGCCGAAGAGGAGCAUCGUCAUUUUAUUCAAAUGCAUCAUUUGUUUCACCCAUACCAGAGGAGAGCCCCAGAUCAAGAUCUCAUGGAUCUUACGCUUCGAGUGCGGCUAUGCCAGAGUCCUGGCCAGCCGGUUCGCCACAAGCAGGCAGCCCUGGCUAUGGCGACGCAUUCUAUGAAGAGUCUAUCACAGAAAAGAGUAGGGAAUCAGGAUAUGAUGACUUCGGGGACGAGAGCCAACUGGUUCGUAGUGCAAGCCUGGGCAAGAAGGGGAAGCCUGCAUUGAUCACUACGAAAGGAUCGAGUAACUCCGCGUCGAAUAUGAGAAGAGGCCCUGCACCGGUGCAAACAACACAUGACAAUGAAGGAUACCUAAGUGCAGCAACAAGUUCUUCCGAAACAGUCCCAACCCUGAAGAAACCUCGGGCAUCAUAUGUCAAUACCACAAGUAGAGAAAGUCUUUCAUCAGAAGCAAUUCUGCAGGCUUUUGCGACAGCAAGCUCCUCCGAUCCUCGAGAUGCAAAUCAAGUUGGAGAUGCCCCUCGUCAACAAACUCGACUGUCGGCUAUGAGACGCCCUCCCAGACUGGACAUCGAUGCCGUUCGUGCAGCAGAGGCCAGGGGAAGUCUCACUAGCCUGCCAGACUUGAUUCGGCGCGCGACCAGACUUGCAGCUAUGAUUGACAAGGGCAAACGACCAGCCAGCCGACUCGAUACGCUUGAAGGGUAUCUCAACGAGAAAGAAGACCCUCAUCGUUCUGGACUAUCCGAUAUGCUUGCAGCCUUUCCGCCGCCAGUUCACACACCUCGAAACAAUCCGAGUCGCAACUCUUGGCUGAGAGGGAGUACAUGGCCAGCAGUCAACGGCCAAGAUCGACCGUCACACUCACGAUCACCUAGUGGUCAGAUUGAGACAAAACCCAAACGACGGUGCUGUGGUCUACCUCUGUGGGCUUUCAUUCUAGUGGUUUUCCUACUUCUCUGCCUGAUUGUGGCCGCCAUAGUGGUUCCUCUCGAGUUUUUUGUUUUCAAGAAUCUUGGUCAGAAAAAGGAUACCAAUCCCAGUAUCGGCCAAUGCCAGAACCAACUGACCUGUUUGAACGGAGGCCCCACCUGCGGUGAUGGUGGCUCAACAGGAUGUACGAUGACGAACCUUGUUUCCAGUGACGGAAAGUCUAGUAUUAACAACGUGACACUCGGCAGAGCGAUUCCUCGAAUACUAGCUGAUGCCAAUAAAAACUUCUCCGUGCCGCUCUCGGGCACAUCGAUUCUGGCUAGGUUCAACUCUGGGAAUCUGUCAUGCAUCGCGCAGAAUGCUCUGGUCACUUUCGAUGGCCGAACGAUGAGAUCUGGACAAGCUACGGAUGAAGUAAAAGACAUCAGCGACAAGCAAGCGAAUUUUGCUCUGAACGCCGAGCACUAUCCUCCCAUAUCAAUAAUCACCUUCACGCCAACCACCACAACCACCGUCACUAUAACACCUCCUCUAGUCGGUCAGAUGCCUGCCACAACAGUAACAACUUCAAUCCAGCGAACCCAGACGGUAACCACAGCGCCGCCGACCACGCCAGCCAAAUCGACACUGUCAUCAGUUAUAUCUUCAAGCCCUCUGAUGUCUAUAACCACCGCCAGCACAACCAGGAGAGCUCCCACUACCCCAUUUUCGGUCACCGAGGAAGUGCUUGACUUUUCGCGCGUUGCAAUGCUCUACAUUCUUCAACAACAGACAGUGGACAAAGCUAUAUCGUCACAGGCUGAACUGCAGCGUCUCUUUAGCAGGGCUGGCAAAGGGAAGACUCAAAUGGGCAGUGAAGUCUCCGAGCAGGAGGCAUCCAACAUAAAUCUGGGCAACGGCAACAGCAUCAAUUUGAUCUCACUGUCUAUCAAUAUCGGGGAUGGGCCAGUUGGCGGCCGAAAGAUCUGA